CCGUCACAUAAUCAUUUUACAAGAACUUGUUGUGUUUUGUGCGUUUGCUGUGAUUAAUCCGGAGUAGACUCAAAAUGAUAGCUUACGCUGCACGAGGGCGGCAUCUAAUGCGCAGUUUGAGUACCACACUUGUGUGGACCCGCAAUCGUCCUGGACAAAGUGCCUUGACCAGACAUUUUACCGAGAAAGUUACACGCCUAGAAAGAUUCAGUGGGGCGACAAUGAUGUCUCAGCGCUUCUACAGUCGCAAACGUGAUGAUCCCGACGACAAGAAAGCGCCAGCGUCACCAGAUGUGUUGUUCGACCAAGAUUCCAACCUGCCUGCCACAUUGGCAGUGCCAGACGUAUGGCCACAUGUUCCGUUGAUAGCCAUGCGUAGGAAUCCCUUGUUUCCGCGCUUCAUAAAGAUUGUGGAGGUGUCCAAUCCCAUUAUUAUGGAUCUGCUGCGUCGCAAAGUUAAGCUCAACCAGCCCUACAUUGGAGUUUUCCUUAAGAAAGUUGAUGGCGAAGAGGAGGUCGUCCAGAGUCUGGACGAUGUCCAUCAAAUAGGCAGUUUUGCACAGAUCCAAGAGGUUCAGGAUUUGGGCGACAAGAUACGCAUGGUGGUUGUGGCCCAUCGUCGUAUACGAAUUACAGGACAGGUGAUCGAGGAUCUGCCAGCAGAAAAAAAACCAGUGAAAAUGACAACUUUGCAUUAUCCACUAUUUAAUAUUAAAUUACACAUCCCAGCUGAAGAUCAAACAACAAACAACGAAUCAUCGACAACGACAAUGCCAUUGACAUCAAGUGAACGCCGCAGAGCACGCCGCACACAAAGGCAGAACAAAAUCGCGGUGAAUGAAGUCGAAGAGAGUUCGACUGUAACAGAGAAAUUGGAAACUUUGACAGAUUCUGGUUCAGAGGCCGAUCCAGCACCCGCUUCACAGCCUGUGCUCAUUGUAGAAGUAGAGAAUGUUAAGCAAUCUGCCUUUAAACAAACCAAUGAGGUCAAGGCGCUGACCCAAGAGAUUAUAAAGACUCUACGCGACAUCAUCACCAUGAAUCCCUUGUAUAGGGAGAGUCUUCAUCAAAUGCUGCAUCAGAAUCAACGAGUGGUGGAGAAUCCCGUCUACCUGUGUGACUUGGGUGCCUCCCUGUCGUCUGGCGAUCCAGAGGAGCUGCAAAAUAUCCUAGAGGAAUCAGAUAUCCCAAAACGCCUGCAGCUGUCUCUCACGUUACUGAAAAAGGAGCUGGAGCUAUCGAAACUUCAGGCGAAAAUUGGACGCGAGGUUGAGGAAAAAGUCAAGCAGCAGCACCGCAAAUACAUACUCCACGAACAACUGAAGGUUAUCAAGAAGGAGCUGGGCAUUGAGAAGGACGACAAGGAUGCCAUUGGCGAAAAGUAUAAAGAAAAGCUGAAAGACAAAAUCGUUCCAACAAGCAUUCAGCAGGUCAUUGAUGAGGAGCUAACCAAACUGAACUUCCUGGAGAGUCACAGCUCUGAAUUUAAUGUAACCCGCAACUACCUCGACUGGCUAACCUCGCUACCCUGGGGCAUCACUAGCACUGAGAAUCUUUGCCUGGAAAAGGCCGAAGAGAUCCUAACCCAUGAUCACUACGGCAUGGAGGAUAUCAAGAAGCGUAUCCUAGAGUUUAUUGCCGUCAGUUCUCUUAAAGGCACCACGCAGGGCAAAAUUUUGUGCUUCCAUGGACCGCCUGGUGUGGGCAAGACGAGCAUUGCGAGGUCCAUUGCUCGGGCCCUGAACCGCGAGUACUUCCGCUUCAGUGUGGGCGGAAUGACGGACGUGGCUGAGAUCAAAGGACAUCGUCGCACCUACGUGGGCGCAAUGCCUGGCAAACUGAUACAGUGCUUGAAGAAGACCAAGACGGAGAAUCCCCUGGUGCUCAUUGAUGAGGUGGACAAGAUUGGCAAAGGCUAUCAGGGAGAUCCCAGCUCAGCGCUGUUGGAGCUUCUCGAUCCCGAGCAGAAUGCCAAUUUCCUGGACCACUAUCUGGACGUGCCCAUCGAUCUGUCGCGUGUGCUGUUCAUUUGCACGGCGAACGUGAUAGACACCAUACCAGAGCCACUGCGCGAUCGCAUGGAGAUGAUUGAGAUGUCCGGCUAUGUGGCAGAGGAGAAGGUGGCUAUUGCCCGCCAGUAUCUGAUACCGCAGUCCAUGAAGGACUGUGGAGUGACCGAGGAGAAUAUAAGCAUCACCGAAAAUGCCCUGAAUAUGCUGAUACGCAGCUAUUGCCGCGAGUCCGGGGUGCGCAACUUGCAGAAGCAAAUCGAGAAAGUUACCCGCAAAAUAGCCUUCCUUAUGGUCAAGAAGGAGGGCACCAAUUUCCCAGUGGAUGCCGAGAACCUGACCACAUUCCUGGGCAAGCAGAUAUUUACCUCUGAUCGCAUGUACGAGACGACGCCGCCGGGCGUGGUCAUGGGCCUGGCCUGGACGGCCAUGGGUGGCUCAUCUCUGUACAUUGAGACAACGCCACGAAACCAAUUUAAAAGUGUAGGCUCAAAAUCAGAAGCCGUCGGUGGAAGUGGAGGCGGUGGUGGCAAUUUGUAUAUUACCGGAAACCUUGGAGAUGUGAUGAAGGAGUCUGCCCAAAUUUCCCUCACUGUGGCGCGUAACUUUGUUUUCACACGAGAUCCUAACAAUCAGUACCUAGAGACACAAAACAUCCACCUGCAUGUUCCUGAGGGAGCUGUACCAAAGGAUGGUCCCAGUGCUGGCGUCACCAUUAUCACGGCCUUAAUUUCCUUGGCCACCGGCAAGUCUGUGCGCAACGAUGUGGCCAUGACGGGCGAGAUUUCUCUGAGAGGCAAAGUUCUGCCCGUCGGCGGCAUCAAGGAGAAGACCAUAGCAGCACGUCGCAGUGGCGUCAAUUGCCUCAUCCUGCCCGUGGACAACAAGAAGGACUUCGAGGAGUUGCCCAAGUUUAUAACAGAAGGCCUGGAAGUUCAUUUUGCGGCCAACUACGAGGAUGUCUACAACAUCGCCUUUUCUGCACCCACCAAAACCGAGGACGAGGCGAAAUUAGUGCCGGAGCUUGAGCAGGAGCCCCUCGAGAAGGUGUCGAGCGCUGCUAGUGCUAUGCCAACGGGGCCUUAAUCGUAGUAAAAGUAGCUUGGGGGUUGGGGGUUGCAUCGAUGUAUUGACAUUGAUAUCAGGUUAAUUAGUGUAUGUAGAAAAUACAAAAGCAUUUGCUAAAUCUAAGCCAUGUA